CAUUAAAGAUGAUAACCAGGUGAAAAACAGUUACAAGUCAAAGGAAUCUUCUUACGUGACGCGUGAAAUAUAGCUAAAUGAGCAUCGAUGGUCUUAAAUAAACCAUAACUCAUCAAAAAUGUAACAAAGUUGCCGCUCUGGAGUGCAUCACGAAACACAAAACAGAACAGCUGUAUAUAAUGAAGAAAGAGCUCCGAUCCUGCACGGCCUGCGGUGAACCCAUAUCGGACCAGUUCCUGCUAGACGUCGGUGGCUGCUCGUGGCAUUCCGCCUGCCUACGGUGCUGCAUCUGCCACACACCGCUCGACCAUCAACCGUCCUGCUUUCUGCGCGAGCGACAAAUCUACUGCAAAACGGACUACACCAAGAGGUUCGGCACGAAGUGUGCCCGGUGCAGCCGCACGAUCAGUGCCACCGACUGGGUGCGACGGGCGCGCGAUCUUAUCUUUCAUCUUGCCUGCUUUGCCUGUGAUAGCUGUGGGCGCCAGCUGUCGACCGGAGAACAGUUCGCCCUCGUAGACGAUAAGGUACUGUGCAAGACGCACUACUCGGAAAUGUUUGACUGCGGCACCUCGAGCGAUGACGGUUGUGAAGCGGACGGGUACCAGAAGAACAACAAAACCAAGCGCGUCCGGACGACGUUCACCGAGGAGCAGUUGCAGAUACUGCAGGCGAACUUUAACAUCGACAGCAACCCGGACGGGCAGGACCUGGAGCGGAUCGCUUCGGUGACGGGGCUGAGCAAGCGCGUCACCCAGGUUUGGUUCCAGAAUUCCCGGGCACGCCAGAAAAAGCACGUUCAAGUUCCUAGAGAAGGUGAAAUGAAUCCGUUUGCGAGGCACAUCAACCUGCAGCUUUCGUACACCUUCCAGCAGGCCGGUGGUGCGGUCCACAACUCGCUGCACCUCGGUCCGGGUGGUGGGAUGGGCGUCCUCAGUGGGUCACCCUUCGGGCCGAACGGCAGUUUCGGUAGCCAUCAUCACAACAAUAAUAAUAAUAAUAACAGCACCAAUAUCAACAAUAAUCAUUCCUCGAAAUCGUCAGCUUACAGUACGCAUGACUCCUCGCUUGAUGAGCUUUCGGAAGACUCGGCGAUACACUGCAUGCAGAGUGAAGCUUAGCGAAGGAUUGCAUUCGCUCCGGUCGUUCCACUGCGUGGAAGCGUGGCCUGCUUGGACAUCUUGCGACUCGCACGUGUUGGUUGUUGAUCAGUAUUAAUUUAUUCCUCCAAAACAAAACGAUGGAUGGUUUUUAGCUAAAUUUUAGUCAAGAGAUAGUUUGGAGCUUGUUUUACCCUAAAAAAAAAGGACGUUGUUUUAAUUCCCAUGCCUCCUCUCCCCCCUCCACAAUGUGUAAUGUACAUUCCGGCAAUGUGCUGACGGUUUCAGGUCCGUACGUGGAAGGUGUAACUAAAUUAUUGCCUCCCCCAUUCUUCUUCUUCUACUUCUUCUUCUCCUUAGCAUAGUUGUGGCCUUAAGUCUCUGAUGGAGUUCGUUUCAAACGCAAUUGUAAAACAAACAGAACAAAUACAGAAAUUAUUUAUU